CGAGUACAGCAGGCAUCGAGCUAGAAAAAGUGGGUUACGCACGCAGGCAAGUUCGCGCUGCUGUAGGACGAUCACAAAUGAUCCGUUUGUGAUCUCGGCGUUGUGUUUUAUUUCCCUUUUACACGUAAUACACGAUACACCGAAUGAUGUCGGUGUAUUUGCGCGUCCGUUUGGUGGUGAUGAUAUCCGUGUUUCUGUGCGGAUCCCCGCUGCUUUUCCUUCAGGAUGCUGCGGCUUUCUAUCUUCCGGGUUUAGCUCCGGUCAGCUUCUGUGAAAAACCUCAAGACGGAAAAGAGCCUCAGAGGGAAUGCCAGGAAAAAAUUGAGCUCUUUGUGAACAGACUGGAUUCGGUGGAGUCAGUUUUGCCAUACGAAUACACAGCGUUUGAUUUCUGCACUGUGGAUGCAGAGAAGCGGCCGUCAGAAAACCUGGGCCAGGUUCUGUUCGGAGAGAGAAUUGAGCCAUCGCCUUACAAGUUUUCCUUCAAGCAAAAAGAGACAUGUAAGCAUGUGUGCACUAAAAAGUACAGCACCAGUAAAACACAGGACAAAGCCAUUCUGGAUUUCCUAAAGAAAGGCAUGCUCCUUAACUACCAGCAUCACUGGAUUGUGGAUAACAUGCCUGUGACCUGGUGCUACGACGUGGAGGACAAUCAGAAGUUCUGUAAUCCCGGCUUCCCCAUAGGAUGCUACGUCACGGAAACCGGCUUGGCUAAAGACGCGUGCGUCGUCAACUCUGAGUUCAAUGAGAAAGAUUCCUUCUACAUCUUCAACCACGUGGACAUCACUAUCUUUUACCACAACGUAGAGAACGGGGUCCCGGACUCCAGACUGGUCGCUGCCAAGAUGGAGCCGAAAAGCUAUAAAAAUACCAAUCCGGAUGCUCCAGACUGCACAGGAUUGCCCAUGAGGCUCGGCAACAAGGACACUGGAGAUAUCGUCAUCCCCUAUACCUACAGUGUACAGUUCAAGGAGGAGCCAAACAUCCGAUGGGCCUCUCGGUGGGAUUAUAUUCUGGAGUCCAUGCCUCAUACCAACAUCCAGUGGUUUAGUAUAAUGAACUCCCUGGUCAUUGUGCUCUUCCUCUCCGGUAUGGUGGCUAUGAUCAUGCUGCGCACGCUGCACAAAGACAUCGCCCGUUACAACCAGAUGGACUCUGUGGAGGAUGCUCAGGAGGAGUUUGGCUGGAAGCUGGUGCACGGUGACGUGUUCCGACCGCCGAGAAAAGGAAUGCUGCUGUCCGUUUUCCUCGGCUCGGGAACACAGAUCUUCAUCAUGACGUUCGUCACUCUCUUCUUUGCGUGUCUGGGCUUCCUGUCCCCAGCUAACCGUGGCGCUCUGAUGACGUGUGCCGUGGUGCUGUGGGUGCUGCUGGGAACUCCAGCUGGUUACAUUGCUGCCCGAUUCUACAAGUCGUUUGGAGGAGAGAAAUGGAAGACCAAUGUGCUACUGACAGCAUUCCUCUGCCCCGGUGUGGUGUUCGCUGAUUUCUUCCUGAUGAAUCUGAUCCUGUGGGGUGAGGGAUCAUCCGCUGCCAUGCCCUUCGGCACUCUGGUGGCCAUCUUGGCUCUGUGGUUCUGCAUCUCCGUCCCUCUCACCUUCGUCGGAGCCUACUUUGGCUUUAAGAAAUCUGGCAUCGAACACCCCGUGCGCACCAAUCAGAUACCUCGACAGAUUCCAGAACAGUCUUUCUACACCAAACCCCUCCCAGGCAUAGUGAUGGGUGGGAUCCUGCCCUUUGGAUGCAUCUUCAUCCAGCUGUUCUUCAUCCUCAACAGCAUCUGGUCCCAUCAAAUGUACUACAUGUUUGGGUUCCUCUUCCUCGUCUUCAUCAUCCUGGUGAUCACUUGCUCUGAGGCCACCAUCCUGCUCUGUUAUUUCCACCUGUGUGCUGAGGACUACCACUGGCAGUGGCGCUCCUUCCUUACCAGUGGCUUCACGGCUGCAUAUUUCCUCGUGUACGCCGUGCAUUACUUCUUCUCCAAGCUGCAGAUCACCGGCCUGGCCAGCACCAUCCUUUACUUUGGCUACACCACGAUCAUGGCUUUGAUCUUCUUCCUCUUCACAGGAACGAUUGGAUUCUUUGCCUGUUUCUGGUUCGUUACGAAAAUCUACAGCGUGGUGAAGGUAGACUGAAAUCGACCAAUCAGAGCCUGGACUAAACUCUCCUCUGCUAAACAAGAUGUCUUUAAGGGAGGGAUAAGAGCACUGUCAAAGACGCCAUGUUGCCCCAGUUAACCAACAACUCGAAAUACAUUCUUCAGAUCUUAAGCUUCCAUUGAAGUGUAUGUGUUUAAAAAAAGAAAAAAGAGAAAAAAAAAGUGAUUUUUUUUUUAAAUUUUAUUUGUGUUAUUUCACAUACACGUAUAAAAAAGCGCUCGUAUAUAAAAAGCAACACGCUUGAGCCCAGAACACACAAACCACAGCUGCGUUAUAACCUUAAUCUCAAGCUCACAUUUGUAAAUAUCAAAUUUUUCCUUUUCACUAAUAUUAAAGUGCAUCCAGUCCAUGUGUAGCUCACUGACGUAUGUUGCGGUGUUUGAAGGAGGAAUUUGUAAAUAUAUCCCUUUUUUUUUUUUUUUUUUUUUGCAAGUGCUGAAACAUCCAACAAAAAAACAACCUUGAAUGCAGUAAUAUAGCCGAAGCUCUAUUGAGUUGUUUGUGUUUGGGGCGAGGGGGUGGUGUAUUCCUCUUAGUGUUGUGUUUUUUUUUUUGUUUGUUUGUGUGUGUUCUCAACCAGCCAUCUUUCCUUGCUUUUAUUUAUCUCUGAUUAUUUUUAAUUCGCACCUCACUGCUUUGUUUGUGCCUCGUCGUUAAGAGAGAAGAAUAAAAACCUGCUUCACCUUAAAAAUCCAGCGCUGCUACAGAUUAAUGAAAGCUGGUACGUUCUGUUUCACAAACAGCGCUAGAUUUUUGGUGUGAAAUAUUUCUUUAAAAAUCCUGAAGGCGGAUGUGUAAAAGAGCUGAUCUUCUGUUAGUUCCUGUCUGUCGAACCCAGUUUGAUGCAUGAGCAGGAACUGAUUGGAAAUCAGCAGUCUAACAGAUGUUUUUCUUCUUAUUAACUUCUUUGAUUCUUGCUUAUUUCUUUUCUUUUCAUAAGCUUUUGAGUGGGAGGUUAUUUGGAGGGGGUUCAGGGAAUCCACCGGUAUGUAGGAAUACAUGGACAGACCGGUUUCUAGGGCAGGACCAUGUACAUAGUGACACUGUCAGCAGAUACAUACAUAUGUACAAGUUAAUGGUUUGAUUUACACUGAUCAAUUCUUUUUCUUCACUGAUUUAAGGUAAUGAGAGUGCAAGGCUUGGGAUUAUUAAUGGAAAUAAAAAAAAAAGGAUUUUCCUGUCCCGAAUAAAAUCUGACUUUUUCAAUUA